CGUUCACUUUUCUGCAAUAUAUCGAUUACAUGUAGACGUGUAGUAGUUGUCAAUGGUGGUUGAUCAGCUUUCACACACAUGUCCAGCGAAACACGUGCGAUCACAAUUCACAAAGAGCAUCGUCGAAAUUUGACAUAAAUUAAUAUCGAUAAUUUUCAUUGCAUUUCUUCGUGUUCUUCCUCAAGCAUUUGAGACACAAGUGCGUGAUGAAACGACGCCGAUGAGUGCGCAAAACACUUUCUGUUGCGUCAACGCGGGAAAUUGUCCGGCUAUAGUAACCAGCUGCAAUCGACGACCCACUUGGUACACCAGACUCGUCAAAUCCUUCACUUUCUGCGUCAUUACUUCGAUGCUGGCGAUGUCCGUGUCCCAUCUCUGCGACAAAUAUUCCGCCAGUACGUCAUUUCAGAUGAUCCAAGCAGAUUUAGGAAAUUUGAGAGCUCAUUUGGGAACUCUCUCGCUCGAGGUGAAGAACGUAAUGGAGAUGCGCGACGAGCUGAAGAGCAAAUUGAAGGAAGUGGGCAGUGUAAUACCAAAAAUGUCAGAAGCUAUUCUUAAUCUGCGGAAUGAAGUGUCCGAGGGUGGUGCAAUCUUGUCUACACGAAACACCGAGUCCUACUCAAUUGGCGCACCCACACUCAACUUAUUCGGCAUACCGCUCUGUCAGCAACAAAAUACACCCCGGGCAGUGAUACAGACCGGCGUUUUGCCAGGCGAUUGUUGGGCCUUCAAGGGUAGCAGCGGCAGUGUGGUGAUACGAUUGCUCGGCUACGUCUACGUGUCCGGAAUCAGUCUCGAGCACAUCUCCUCGUCGAUAUCCCCAACUGGAGAGACUGACACCGCGCCAAAAGAUUUUUCUGUUUGGGGUUUAACGGAUGUGGAAGACAAGCAGCCUUUCGCAUUUGGUAGAUUUACGUACGACAAUACCGGUCCACCGUUGCAAUACUUCGAGGUCCAGGAACGAGCAAACAAGGCGUAUGACAUAAUCGAGCUGAAAGUUCAUUCCAACAGUGGUAAUCCGGAAUAUACCUGUAUCUAUAGAAUACGAGUGCACGGCACGCUUAAUCCGUUACGAAAAUGAAUACGCGCAGAUAUUUAAAAAUCACAAUUAUCGGAAAAUUGUGCAACCAUUAUUUAAUUGAAUACGAUUCAAUAAAAAAUAUUUAGAAGACUAUAACUUUAUUAAACCUGUAAUUUAAUAUACGAUCUCAUAUUAAGCUAAUUAGACGUGCUAAAUAUAGAGAUCGUCAUCUGACGUCAAAGAAUCAGCUGUAAUAGCGAUAACGUAUUAUUGUUCGGACGUGAGACAUGCAGUAAAUCGGGAAGAUGGUUCAAUAAAAAAAAAGACAGGCAGGUUCAACGU